AUGGAAUUAGAACAUCGGCUACAGAAAAAUCAGACCAUUGAUAAGUAUGCUCAAGAUGAAAUGAAUAAAGAGAGAGUUCAUUGGAGGCAAGUAUUACUUAGAAUAAUUUCUGUUGUCAAGACACUUGCUAAACAAAAUCUAGCAUUUCGUGGAAGCAAUGAAAAGAUUGGAGAAGAUGGCCAUGGGACCUUUUUAAGUUUUAUCGAGAUGCUUGCUGAUUUUGAUCCUGUGAUGAUUGAGCAUCUUAGAAGGUUUAAAGAAGGUGAAACUCGUUAUCAUUAUCUGAGCAACAAAAUUCAAAAUGAGUUGAUUACUUUGUUAUCUAAUGAGAUUAAAGCAACGAUUAUCAAGAAAAUCCAGGUUUAUGAUACUACUGGAGAAGGGCUUUUUUCUGAACUUCAAGAUGUGUUGGUUGCUUUGGAUUUGAAAGUCGAUGAUGUGAGGGGGCAAGAUAGGGUGGGAGGCCUAACACUCAAGCCUUUGUCUCAGACUCGAUGGGAAAGUCAUUUUCUUAUUUUGAAAAGUACAGAAAUUCAGGUUUUGAGCAAGCAAAGUUGGAAGCUACAAAGAUUGCAAAUUCUAUGGAGAUUGAGGCUGUAUUUCCAAGAAAAUCAAAAUGGAUCAUUAGAAGAAAACAACAUUAUGGUGAUAAGUCUCAGAUAG